CUAGUGAAUUGCACUUUUACUUAUUCUGUGUGCGAUGUCCACGCAGUGUGAACGUGCUGUGAAUAAUCAGUGCAAAAAAAAUCAUAUUUUACAGUUCCGCACUACAAAACCUAAUAAAAUAUUCGAGGGAAUGGCGUCCGAUAUGUUCAAGCAAUUCUUUCUUCUUUUGAGGACAUAUUUUGAUAUGUUUAUAGACUUUUUAUUCUCAUUAUAUUGGGAGAGACAACGAAAACCAAUACCAAAUUUAGAAAAGAAACAUAUUAUGCUUUCUGAAAGUGCUGUGAAUUUAGCAUCUAAAAUACGAAACAAACAAUUAAAAUCUGAAGAAUUAGUCCAAGCCUGCAUUGAAAGAAUAAAAAUAGUUAACCCGAUACUCAAUGCAGUUACUGACGAGAGGUUUGAAGAGGCUUUGAAAGAGGCGCGGGAGGUCGACAGAUUGAUUGCAUCAGGACAGGCAGACUUUGAAAAACAACCAUUUCUCGGCGUACCAUUCACCGCAAAGGAGAGUCACGCGGUGUCGGGCAUGCUGCACACGCUGGGCAUCUCGCUGCGGCGACAUGAGCGCGCGCACGAGGACGCAGAGUGCGUGCGGCUGCUGCGACACGCCGGGGCCAUACCCCUCGCCGUCACCAACGUGCCCGAGAUCAACAAGUGGCAGGAGACCCGCAACAUGGUGUUCGGUCAGACCAACAACCCGUACCACUCGGGGCGUACUGUGGGCGGCUCCAGCGGGGGCGAGGCCGCGCUCGCCGCCGCACUCGCCUCGCCCAUCUCACUCUGUUCCGACAUCGGGGGCUCGACGCGCAUGCCCGCCUUCUACUGCGGUCUGUUCGCUCUCAACCCCACCGCCGGCACCACCAGCCUUAAAGGGUCAGCGCUGCGUUCUGGUCGCGAGCCGACGAUGGCGUCCAUCGGGUUCCUGAGCAAGCACUGCGAGGACCUCGCGCCUCUCACCAGCCUGGUGGUGACAGAGAGUGCGCGCGCUCAGCUGCAGCUCGACACACAGUAUCAUAUCAAGGAUAUAAAAAUCUUCUACUGCAAGGCGGCGCAUGAUUUAAGAGUCAGUCCGUUAGACAAGGACAUGCUACAAACUAUGGACAGAGUGGUGUCGGCGCUGACGGAGGACUCGUCCCCGGAGCACCCGCCGCAGCCCUACCAGCACCCGGGGCUGCGGCACAUGUUCACACUGUGGCGACACGGCAUGGCGCAGGAGGCCGACAGCUUCCCCAGUCUGCUCACCAACAAUCAGGGACACGCCAACGGACUUAUAGAACUACUCAAAAAGGUGGUGGGCGUGUCCGCGUACACUCUGGCGGCGAUCCUGAAGCUGCUGGACGAGCAGGUGCUGCCUCCAGUGGAGCGAGACUGGGCUGAGAGGGUCGCCAGCGACCUCAGGGAGGACCUCGUUAAUACUCUGGGCUCUGAGGGUGUGUUGUUGUUCCCGAGCGCGCCCUCGCCCGCCCCCCAUCACUACACCCUCUAUCUGCGGCCAUUCAACUUCUCAUACUGGGCUGUAUUCAAUGCACUCAAGUUUCCAGCAGCUCAGGUGCCGGUUGGUGUGAACGAGGCUGGUCUGCCGCUGGGGCUGCAGGUGGUGGCGGCGCCGCAGCGGGAGGCGCUCUGCCUGGCUGUGGCGAAGCACCUCGAGACACGCUUCGGGGGCUUCGUCCCACCUUGCAGCAUCUCACACUGACAACAAGCACUGCAAAUACUCACAGCCUACUUGUU